UCUCGUCUGACCUGUGCGCCGCCGUAUAGCUUCGGUCGAUCUGGAUGAAUGCAUAUCCCGUCUGUAUAAGAAAGAACUCUUGGCCGAGUCCGUAAUCGAGGCGAUAUGUGCCAAGACGAAAGAACUGCUCAUGCGAGAGAGCAACGUCGUCCAUGUCAGGGCCCCCGUCACCGUCGUCGGUGAUAUCCACGGCCAGUUUUACGACCUCAUCGAGAUAUUUAAAAUCGGCGGUUGGUGUCCGGAUACGAACUACUUAUUUCUCGGCGAUUAUGUAGACCGCGGCAUGUUCAGCGUCGAGACUAUAUCUCUACUCGUGUGCCUCAAGCUUAGAUACCCUAACCGCGUACACCUAAUCCGAGGCAACCACGAGUCGCGCGGCGUAACACAAUCUUACGGAUUCUAUACCGAGUGUUCGCGCAAAUACGGCAACGCAAACGUCUGGCACUAUUUCACAGACAUGUUCGACUUCCUCACCCUCUCAGUAGUUAUAAACGACCAGAUCUUCUGCGUGCACGGCGGUCUCUCCCCCUCGAUCCAUUCCAUCGACCAGAUCAAAAUCAUCGACCGGUUCCGGGAGAUACCGCACGAGGGCCCAAUGGCCGACCUAGUAUGGUCCGACCCAGAUCCCGAGAGAGACGAAUUUUCAUUAUCGCCCCGUGGCGCGGGCUACCAGUUCGGCGCGCGGGUAGUCAAGAAGUUCCUUGCGGUAAACGGGAUGAAUCAUAUAUUACGCGCGCACCAGCUCUGCCAGGAAGGAUUCCAAGUCCUCUACGACGACCAGCUGAGCACGGUGUGGAGCGCUCCCAACUACUGCUACCGGUGCGGUAAUAUGGCUAGCGUACUCGAAGUUAGUGAUGUUGGGGAGCGUUUCUUCAACGUGUUCGCGGCCGCGCCCGAAAAUGACCAACACAAGGAAAUACAACAGGGAGGAGAGAAGACAGCCGACGGAAAUACGCUGCCGGAUUAUUUCUUAUAAGAAUAUAUCGAUCGGUCGGUCCGGAUUUGUAUAAGCAGGCUUAUCAAGCAGGUGGUAGGCGUACCAUAAAGAUACCUCGAUAUAUGGGUGGUAGGAAGAAGGAGAAUAAGAAAAUACCCCCUUUUCAACCGUCCUAUUCAUCUACAUAGACCCCUCGCCAUCAAAGGCUCGAAAGGAAGAAAUCAUUUUGUUGGACGUUGCAUUGAAAAAAAGAACUGCGAGUUGCGGCAUAAUUGUUUAGUAGAGCAAAGAAAAUGCUCAAGAGAUGAACUAUCUACACUCAACUAUCCGUCCCCUAUAAGCAUAAAGUACUAGUCGCCAGCUAGCCGAACCGUCUAGGUCGAAGAGUACUAUUCCAUUGAAAACUUUU